GUUUGCAUCUAAAACAACAAAAGACAAACAAAAGAAGGUUCGUUGUGCUCUCAUUUUGGUAGUGAAGGGUAAGAGGUGUCUGAAGAAGUUAUUUAAAACCUGAAUCAUCAUAUAUUUAGAGAAGAAGAGUUCUAGAACAUAUAUACUUGAGUGCAAGAUCUGAUAUAUAAGUAUACUACCGCUAAAUCUUCUUGACAACCUACCAGAUCAGUUUUAAGCUAGCAAAGGCGUGGCCAUGGAUGGUAUUAUUUCAGUUGCUGCUAAAAUUGCUGAGUAUAUGGUUGUACCUAUUGGUCGUCAAUUUGGUUACAUACUCUACUACAAGGACAACCUUCAAAGGAUGGAAACUGAUGUCCAAAAGCUAGAAGGAACAAAAGAUAGUGUGCAACGCAAAGUUGACGAGGCUAGAAAUAAUGGAGAAGAGAUUGAAAAGUUUGUCCAGGACUGGCUGAACAGUGUGGACAACAUGGUUGCUGAGGCAAAGAAACUUAUUGACAGUGAAGGCCAUGCAAAAGCUCAGUGCUCUAUGGGCCACCUUCCCAAUCUGUGCACAAGGCACCAACUGAGCAGGGAGACCAAAAAGAUGUCGCAAGAUAUUUCUAAUAUCCUAGCCGAUGGAAAAUUCGACAAAGUUUCUUACCGUACUGCUUCGCAAGUGACAGUCUCGUCAUUUGGUAGAGGUUAUGAGGCUUUGGACUCCAGAACAUUAGUGUUGGAUGAGAUUAUGCUGGCAUUGAAGGAUCCUAACUUCUUCAUUAUUGGUGUUUAUGGGAUGGGUGGAGUGGGCAAAACUACACUAGUGGAAGAGCUAGCUUCGAAAGCAGAGAAUGGUGGCUCAUUUAAUGCGGUUGUUUUGGCUACUAUAAGUGAUUCUCCAGAUGUAGAAAAAAUUCAAAGCCAAAUUGCUGAGAUGUUGGAUAUGAAAUUCACCAAGGAGACCAGAGACGGAAGAGCAAGAGAAUUACGAGAUAGGAUAAAAAAGAAGAAGAGUAUUCUUGUUAUUCUGGAUGACAUCUGGGGUAGACUUGAUUUGGUAGAAGUGGGGAUUCCUUUUGGCGACGACCACAAAGGAUGCAAGUUAGUGGUGACAUCUAGAGAUCUUAAUGUGUUGAGCUGUGAGAUGGGCACUCAGAAAGAAUUCAGACUUGAAGCUUUGCAUGAGGAGGAUAGUUGGAAAUUGUUUGAGAAAAUGGCAGGUGAUGUUGUUCAAGAAUUCAAUAUAAAGCCAAUUGCAGUGGAGGUGGCCAAACGUUGUGCAGGUUUGCCCCUUUUGAUUGUUACUGUUGCUAAGGCUUUGAGGAAAAAAAAGAUCUUUGAUUGGCAAAACACAUUAAAUGAUUUAGAGAGAUUUGAUCAAGAAGGGCUGCAUAACGACAAGAGAAUCAAUUCUACUUUGGAGUUGAGUUAUAAUUUCCUAGAAAGUGAUGAACUGAAGUCAUUGUUCUUAUUCAUUGGUUCGUUUGGAGUAGAUCACCUCCACACUGGAGAACUAUUUUCAUAUUAUUGGGGAUUGUGCUUAUACAAACAUUCCCGCACAUUGACACAAGCAAGAUCCAAAUACUACAAAUUAAUAAAUGACCUAAAGGCCUCUUCACUGCUACUUGAGUCUGAAACCGAGUGGAUUAGAAUUCAUGAUGUUGUUAGAUCUGUGGCUAAAUCAAUCGCAUCUAAGACUCAACCACCAACUUUUGGGAUGAAAAGGUACAAUGAAGUAAAACAAUGGCCAGGGAUGGAUGAGCUUCGAAAAUGCCAUCAGAUCAUCUUGCCUUGGUCUUAUAUUUACAAGCUUCCUGAGAAGCUGGUGUGUCCAAAGUUGGAGCUACUUCAACUUGAAAAUAUAGGUGAUUAUUUGGAAGUCCCCAACGACUUAUUCUCUGGGAUGAGAGAGUUAAAAGUCGUUAGUUUAUAUGGAAUGAUGUUUACCCCUUCUCUACCAUCAUCUCUUCAUCUCUUGACAAAAAUCCGAACAUUGGAUUUGGCUGGAUGUGUGUUUGAAGACAUAUCAAUAGUGGCAGAGCUGAAGAGUUUAGAGAUUCUCAGCCUUGAAAGAUCAGAUAUUACAGAACUCCCUAAAGAAAUAAGACAACUAACUAAUCUUCGAAUGCUGAACUUAGCCAAUUGCUCUAGACUGAGAUUCAUUCCUGCAAAUCUUAUUUCAAGCCUAACUUGCUUGGAAGAGUUGUACUUGGGGAAUUGUUUUAUCGAGUGGAAUGUAAAGGGAAGCAAAGAACAAAGCAACAGUGCAUGUCUAGAUGAGCUAAGGAAUUUGUCUCAUCUAACUACUUUAGACAUAAUGAUUCGAGAUGCUUCAGUUUUGCCAAGGGACUUGCAGGUCUUUGGAAAGCUUGAAAGAUACAACAUAUUUGUUGGUGAUAUGUGGAAAUGGUCUUUGGAUUGGUCUGGAGGUGCUUCUGAACCUUCAAGAAUACUUAAGCUCGCAGACAAUGGGUGUUCAAGUAUUCAUUUGGAUUGUGAGUUUAACUUCUUGUUGAAUUCAGCUGAGGACAUGUGCCUUGCAAAAAUACAUUGUGUUAGAAAUUUUCUUUGUGAACUUAACAGGAAUGGUUUUCCGCAAUUAAAGCAUAUGUGCAUUCAAGACAUUGCUGAUAUGAAGUACAUCAUUAACUCGAUGCUUUACCCAACUUAUCAUGCUUUGCCCAACUUAGAGACUUUGGUUCUUCAAAAUCUGUUUAACCUGGAAGAAAUAUGCCAUGGGCCAAUUCCAAUUCAAUCUUUUACCAAACUAAGAUCUUUUGAAGUCAAAGGUUGUGACAAGUUGAAUAAUCUGAUAUGUUAUUCCCUUGUUACAGAUCUUCCCCUACUUCGUGAAAUAAAAAUUUCUAAUUGCAAAAUGAUGACAGAAAUCAUGGCUGUGCAAACAUCUAAGGUAGAAAAAGGAAUGGGGAAGAUUAUCUUCCCCGAGCUACGUUCUCUUGAACUUGAAUGUUUGCCAAGUCUCGUAAGUUUAUGUUCCGUGCCAUUGACAAUUGAAAAGAGUCUCAAAGUGCGUGGUGAAAAUUAUGAUAGUACACAAUGCAUACCUGUGGCACUAAUUGAUCAAAAGGUUGAGAUGCCCCACCUUGAACUAUUGAAGCUCUCUAAGAUCAAAUCUAGGAAACUGUGGGAUGAUAAACUUCCGAGUCGUUCUUGGAUGCAAAACUUGAGAAGUUUGACAAUAGACGGAUGUGAUAACAUAGCAUGCAUAUUCUCAUCCUCGGUCGCCAGAGAAUUUGUAAACCUGAAGCAACUUGUGAUUAGUAAUUGCCAAAUGUUGGAGGGCAUAUUUGUCCCUGAUGGAAAGUUGGGUAGUCUUCCUUUGUCUCAGAAACCAUUCUCUAAUGAUGAGGUUAUAUUUCCAAACUUGGAGACAUUGGUAAUCUCCCAUAUGGAACACUUGAAGUUUGUAUGGUACAAUCAACUAACUCCAAAUUCCUUUGGCAAACUGAAGGAGUUAAAAAUUGAAUUAUGCAAUGAAAUUUCAAAUGUAAUUCCAUCUUAUGUGCUUGAUAAAUUACUGAAUCUGGAGACUGUGACCGUAGUUUGUUGUCAUACACUAGAAGUUGUAUUUGAAACACAAGGUCUAAAAGUAGACGGUGGUAGACAGACAAAGCUGGAAAUGCAAUUGAGAACUCUCACUUUGAACCAUUUACCGAUGCUGAAACACAUUUGGAGUGGGAAUCCUAAUGAAAGUGUUAAGUUCCAAAACCUCUGCCUUUUGCAAGUUACUGGAUGCGAAAGCCUCAAUUAUGUUUUGCCCCUCUCUGUGGCUAAAGAGCUUCAGAAUCUCCAAGGGAUUUAUAUAAAAGAAUGUGGCGUUGAGAUUAUUGUAGAACAAGAUGAAAUGUCUGACACAGUUCCAAUACUUAAUUUCCCAGAAUUAACAUUUUUGAGUUUUCGAGAUUUGAAACAACUUCAAAGCUUCUACCGUGGAUUACUUACCCUGGAUUGUCCUGCUUUAAGACAUGUGGAUGUGCUUCAUUGUGACAAGCUCGUCCUAUUCAAACCAAAGUCUAUAAAUUACCAAGAAAUUGUCCCAGUUGAUACAAAAUCCCUUCUCUCAAUUGAACAGAUUGUCCAAAACAAAGGGGAGCUUAUUCUGAACAGCAAGGAUGUCACCAUGGCAUGCAAUGGUCACCUUAAUGAUGAGCUUAUCAACACAGUAACAGCUCUUUGCUUGCGAUGUUUUCACGAUGUGUCUGAAAAGUUUCCAUCUGGUUUCCUCCAAAGGUUCAUCAAUCUCAAAAACCUUAAGGUGACAUGUAGUUCCUUCACAUAUAUAUUUGCAAAUGGAAGCGAAUGCACCAGACAUUCUGAAACAAUUAUGAAGUUGGGAAGUUUAGAACUCAUUAUGUUACAAAACCUCGAAUUUAUAUUUGAAGAGAAAUUUGAGGUGCAACCUGUUCUUCAAGAUAUUGAAAGAUUGGUAGUAAAUUCAUGCUCUAGACUAAAGAAUAUAUUUCCAUCGUCAGUUAUGUUUGAGAAUUUACAGAAGUUGGAGGUGGGCCAUUGUGCUGGAUUGGAAAGUAUUAUGAAACCAUCAACAGCUAGAAGUUUACAAAAUCUUAAAGAAUUAUACAUACAUUGUUGUGGAAAGAUUGAAGAAAUAGUAGCAAGUGAUGAUGAGAAUGAUACUUCUGACCUAAUUUUUAUGAAAUUGGAGUUUUUGCAACUGAGUAAUUUACCAAGGCUAAGAAGUUUUUGCAAGGGAAGACAUGGCUUCAAAUUUCCACUGCUGAGGAUGUUAUUUGUAGUAGAUUGUCCCGUGAUGGAAACUUUCUCACAUGGAGUGUUGAACGCACCAAGGCUCAGAGCAGUACAUGUGAGGGAAGAAGAUGAAUGGCAUUGGAAUGGUGAUGUUAACACUACUAUAAAACAAUUAGUAGCGAAAACGAGCUCUAAGGAUGAUUGUGUUUGUCCUCAAAACUUGAUUGAAGGCUCAAGUAGAUGAUUCGUCUCAACCACAUGGGGGGUGUAUCCAUAUGUUUUGUGUGCGAGGCUAAUCGGCUAAACUCAAAUGGCAUGAAGCGUUUACAAUCAUCAUCAUGUAUCAGUGCAAUGACUUAUUUUUUUUAUGAUUAUGACUUCUGUCAUCACUUGUUUUCUGUUAUUUUCAAAACUGAUCUCUCCUAAACUUUACUUAAAAUAUAGGAGAUGAUUGCUUGAUUAAGUGUGUGUGAGAUCAAUUGUUAAUUCUUGAGAUUAAAAUGUUGGAAUUCAAAGACAUGCUACUUCAGAAGUUCCGUGCA